AUGAAAAAUUUUUUGUGUCUUUCCGAUAUUCUUAAAAAAGAUAACUUACAAGUUAAGGAGAUUAAUAUUUGGAAUUAUUUAAUUAAAUGGGGUAUUAAACAAACUCCUGGUCUUGGGAGUGAGAAUAGUGAUAGAACAAAAUGGAAUGAUAAGAAUUACAAAGAACUAAAGAAAAUUUUAGAUCCGUUCAUUCCACUUAUUCGAGCAGGUAGAAUUGAUUCAAAUAUUAUCAAGGAAGAACUUAUAAAUAUAUUUGCUAAUUGGAUUGAUAAUAAAAAUGCCAUGGACAUUCGUACUGGAAAUGAUAUAUUUUAUAAAUUUAGUCUUAUUUAUCGUGGUAGUCAUGAUGGAAUUAGUAAUAUAUCGUUUAUAAAUAAAUGUAAUCAUCGAGUAGCAACUUUAGUUUUAAUUAAGGUUUUACAAUCGAAUGAAAUCUUUGGUGGAUAUGCUUCUUUUGGACUGUUAGGUGAAGAUAUAUCAAAUAACUUUGUUUUUUCAUUUAAAGAAGGACAAACCAUGAAAAUAGGUCGUGCAAAAAAAGAACGUAUUAGUUGGAGAGAAAAAGAAACAUACGGAUUUAGGUUUUGUGAAUCAAUGUAUAUGGAUGAUCGAACUUUAUAUCUUAGAAAGAAUUCUUAUUAUUACGAGAAUGUUUGUAAAUCAAAUACGUAUACUAUUGAGGAGAUUGAAACUUUUAUUGUGACUAAAUAA